AGAUUCAAUUUUGAAGGUUGCUCCUAAGGAGCAAAGAACUUGGAAAUCAAUUUCCGCUUUACAUGGCUGGAAAGUUAAAACACACGGAUUUGGUAACAGAGGAAUGACAGCUGAUGUUGUCACAGCCCUUCGCAUGUCUGGUAAUGCUGCACUUGACUUGGACAAGACUCGAACCUUGCUUCAAAAAAGGAAAGCUAUAGGAGAAGGUUCUAAGAAUGAGGAAGAGGGAGGUACCUCGUCAAUAGCUAGGCCACGAAUUAGGAGACGAGUUAUUAAUGAUGAUGAAAUUGAAGAUACUCCUGCUCAAACUUCGACCACCGAGCCUGUUUUGAUUCCUUCAGAUGAAGACACCGUGCCAAGAAACACAAAUGAAUCAACUCAGCAUCUCUUUGAUAGUGGUUUUGAGAGUGGCGAGCUCGGACCUGUUUUCGAUGAAGUUCCUCUUUCUUCAUUCGCACCUAUUUCUUCCAUUCAUUUGCCAACCGUAAGUGUUUCUUUGCCAGCAUUGACUAUUUCUGUUCUUUCACCAGUUUUAAUUGCUUCUACUUCCAUUCCUAUGUCUACUUCUUCCGUUCCUGUUCCCACUCCUACGACUCCUGUGGUGUUUACCUUUUCUACUACUCCCCCUUCUGCUGUUCCAUCUUCAUCUGUCCCACAUAUAGAA